CGGACCCUAAACGCGCGUCGUUUAUAGGAAUAGGAUAUAUAGAAGUAUUUAAAGUGCGAAAACACGAGUUUGGGGGUUGAGGCGCGGUUCAAGUGUUUGUGAAAUUGUCUCUGAAAAAUAACGUAGAUAUUUCAAGACAUGGAUUCAAUUCCGAAGCCAUAUCGAACAUGGAUUACGGGUGCUGCGGUUGUUUUAGGUGGAAUUGGGACACUGAACGUGGCUUCUACACUUACACUCAAAGCACUUCACGUUGUGGCUGAGAAUAAACGGAAAAAGAUAGCGUUACCGUGUAUGGCUUGUCGAGGGAAGGGGUUUUAUAUAUGCAAAUUGUGCAAUGGGAAUUCAACUAUUGCUUGGUCUCCAAUGUAUGAUCCUAUUGCAAUUAACCUAUGUGUUUGUCCUACUUGCGAUGGAAACAGGGUACAACGUUGUCUGAAUUGUUUGGGAAAAGGCUAUGACUAAAUUUGUAAAAUCAUAUCUUAUGUUUCUUAAUUUUAGAUUAUGACUCAAUUGUAAGAACUAUGCUUCUGCCUGUAAAUCUCGGCAUACAUCAGCCUCUUAUUUU